AUGCCUCAAGUGAAACCACUCGAUAUGAUCCGCUUGACUUUAUUGGCGUCCAUUUUCUUCGCACAGCAGCUGCCAACCAUCCACAGCACCGAACUAAACAAUUGCGAAUACCUCAGGAACAUCACUGUGAGUGUCGCUUGGGGCCCUUUGAACUUCCGCAAACAAUACAACAAGUUGACGGGUUGCCUGGGACCCGAGAAAUUCGAUGAGGAGAUCAACCAUUUGAUCAUCGAUGGUUACCCAGACCAAACGAUCCAGCGGCUUGGUGUGGAUUCGAUUAGAAAGCUGGACAAGCUGCAAACGCUCUCGAUCACCGGAAUAGAGUUGGAGGUGCUGGAGCCGGAAGCUUUUAAGGAUCUGCCGGGUCUCAAGAAAGUUGCCAUCAGGGAUACCCAGCUCAGAGAGAUACCGGAAGAUGUUUUCAACUUGGUCCCCAGCCUCGAAGCACUGGAUUUAAUGUACAACAAGAUAGACACCAUCGAAGGUCGAGCAUUCUCCAACCUAACAUCGAUCGUCUCGUUAGCAUUGUCCCACAAUGCGCUGAGUAUAUGGAACAGAGAAUGGUUCAAAAACAACAAAAAACUAGGAUAUAUCGAUGUCAGUUACAACGAAAUCCACACUAUACCAAGACGAGCCUUCGAAUCACUGCCAAGUCUGAAGAUCAUCAAUUUCCAACAUAACGAGAUCGUCAGAAUCCAACCACAUGCCUUUCUGAACGUGAAAAGACUUGAGUAUUUAUUCCUGAACCACAACAAGCUCAAAGUGAUCCAGGAAACAGCAUUCCCAACCAAGAUCCACAUCGUGAAUUUGUCUAUCGAACACAACUACCUCAACUAUUUGCCCGCCGAGCUGCUGAAGAUGAUCACUGUCGGGAACAUCUACUUGGAACCCAAUCCUUGGAAGUGUUUGUGUUUGAAGAGCAUCCACUUCUGGAUCUACCUCACCAAUGCAGUCGUCAGAAAGAAGUGGUCUGAAUGUAUUUCCAACUUUUCUCCUAUUUGUGCAGUGCCUCAAGAUCGUUCGCUGACUUGCCAAGAGAAGGUCGACAAUGAGUUAACCCAGAGGUACCUCGAGUAUUUGGACAAUUUGAUCAAACCAUUGUCUGAACGUUGCCAUUGA